CUAGUUUCUGUCAUAUUGCUAUGUCUUCAGUUACAAUCCUGGCUUGGAAUUUCCGAGGCCUAGUAGAUAGUGUUGGCCGUAGUGGCGGCUUGGUAGUCCUGUGGACUGAGGACGUCCAGAUCCACCUCUUCACGUACUCACAAUCUCAUAUUGAUAUGGAAAUACUGGAUCUAACAGAUCUACAAUGGCACUUGACUGGCUUCUAUGGGCAGGUAGAAAUCGGACGGUAUCAUGAAUCUUGGGCAGUACUCAAAUCACUCAAAUCAUCUUCUACUUUGCCUUCGUUCUGUCUUGGUGACUUUAAUGAAAUAACAAAGCAAUCAGAAAAGAUGGGUGGGAAUCCUAGAUCUGAACACCAAAUCCAAUCCUUUGGUGAAGGAAUUGACUAUUAUGAACUCUUAGAGUUAGGGUAUAAAGGACCCCAUUUUACUUUUGUUCGAAAGCACCAUGAUAAUGUCUUGAGGGAAAGGCUUGAUAGAGUUCUCAUGAACCGUGCAUGGGAAGAACAGUUCCCAGGAUCUAUAUCUCACCACCUUCCAACUAUGCAAUCCGAUCAUUCACCUAUUCUAAUAAAAGUCCAACGUAGGGAUUGGAGUGCCCAUAAAUUUGGGAACAUUCUGGAGCGUAUUAAGAAAUUGCAGUCUAACUUGCAGAAACUACAUGAUGGGAGUGCUAGUGAGUGUAGCUCGGAGCACUUAGAGGAGGUGGAGACUGAGUUAUGGAACCUUCAACAGCAAGAGGAGAUUUACUGGAAACAAAGUUCCAAAAUCCAAUGGCUCAAGGAAAGGGACAAAAAUACGUCUUUUUUUCAUACCAGAGCUUCUGAGCGAAGAAAGAAAAAUGUUAUCACUGAAUUGCAGGAUGAAAGGGGACAAAUAGUUAGUGACCAGCGAGGACUAGAACAGAUUGCUCUUCAUUAUUUUCAAGGCCUUUUCACUUCAGAAGCCCAAACAGAUCCCUCACAUAUUUUGCAGCAAAUACACAAACAGGUUUCCUCUACUCAAACAACGGCAUUAGAUAGGAGAUAUACAGAAGAAGAGGUGCUCUUAGCUCUCAAACAAAUUCACUCUUCAAAGGCCCCUGGUCCAGAUGGGAUGAAUGCUGGUUUCUUCAAGCAAUAUUGGCCUAUUAUUGGACAGGAAGUGACAACGGCAGUCUUGCAAUUUUUGAAUGAUGGCAUUAUGGCUAAUGGAUUGAAUAAGACUCAUAUUGUCUUGAUUCCUAAGAAGAAGAAUCCAGUCUCCAUGAAGGACUUUUGUCCAAUUAGUCUUUGUAAUGUGCUAUACAAGCUUAUCUCAAAGGUCUUGGCUAAUCGUUUAAAGCCUUUGUUACUGAGUAUAAUUUCAAAGACUCAAAGCGCUUUUGUUCCUGGAAGACUAAUCUAUGACAAUAUCAUGGUAGCUCUUGAGAUGGUUCAUCGAAUAAAGAAUAAACGUCAGGAAACCAAAGGGGACAUGGCCAUUAACUGCAAUACGCCCAGUGAAGUACAAUUAAAGGUAAAGAAGAUCUUGAACAUUUCGCAGGUUAUGGCAGAUGACAAAUACUUAGGAGCUAGAUUAGGGACCAACCCUUCUAUGGUGUGGCGAGGUGUCAUGGUCGGCCUUGGAGUUUUAAAGAAGGGAUCAUGUUGGAAAAUUGGGAAUGGAGAUUCUGUCUGUCUUUGGAGGGACCCUUGGGUUCCUGAUUCUGGGGUGCUUUCAUCUAUCAUCGAGGAUAGAAACAUUAAGUAUGCACGGGUAAGCUCCCUCAUGGACCAUACAAAAUUUCAGUGGGAUCUAACUAAACUCCAGCAACUGUUUCCUAGUGACACAAUGGAGAAAAUUAGCAACAUUCCAUUGAGCAAUAGAUGUGCACAUGAUCGAUUGAUUUGUAGACAUACUAUUAAUGGGAGGUUUGUAGUAAAAUCAGUAUACAGAUUUGCGUGGGAUGCCAUCUAUGGAUCAAGCUUUAAUGAAUAUAAUGAACUGAUGAAGCCGGUUUGGUCUGCUAUUUGGCAUAUGGAUACUGUGCCAAAAAUCAAGCAUUUUCUAUGGAAAUUUAUCUGGGAAAUCUUACCAACAAGACUGGCUUUACAGCACCGGAGAGUGGAUUGUGCUAGUAAUUGCUGCAUAUGUGAUCAAGCCGAGGAAUCCAAUUAUCAUUUAUUCUUUACAUGUCACUGGAGCAAGCAAGUGUGGGCAGGUUCUUAUCUUUUCUUUGCUCUCAACAACAUCAGAAGUGAAGCUUAUCUCGAUGACUUCCUCAAUUCCUUUCUAGCACUCAACAAGGAGCAGAAGGAACGUGUUGCCGUUACCUUAUGGUGCAUAUGGAGUAAUAGGAACAGUUGCCUAUUCCAGACUAGAUGCUCAAAACUAGUUUUUACUGUCAGAUGGAUAUCCAAAUGUAUCAGAGAAUACACUGCACCAGCAGAAACUGGUACCCAGAUCAGACAGUUGGAGAACAGAAUCUUACCAAAUGUAUGGCAACCAGCUCAGGGAGAUAUAAUCAAGCUUAAUAUCGAUGCUGCUGUCCCACAAAAUCCGAACACAACCAACUUGGGAUUAGGGAAGGAAUUUGGAUGCAAAAAAAUUGAGAUUGAAUCUAACAAUGUACAAGCAGUAGCUAUAGCAAACUCUUCUGAAGACUAUUAUCUUCCUUUUGAAGCCAUUGUCGAGGAUCUCCGAGCCAAGAAGACUGGGUUUGAUUUUCUUAGUAUUAAGCAUAUUAAGAGAAGCUGUAAUGAGUUAGCCCACAAACUAGCUCAUCUUUUGCCUCCUUCGCCACCUUGAGAGGGAGUAUGGGUUGAUUCUUUACUUGAUGCUUUAUGUAACGAUUCUACUUUCUGAGCAAUAAUACUUUUAUUCAUAA